AUGCGCUGGCGAGUUAUCUUAGUGGGUUUUUGGUGUCUCUUGUUCAUCAUAUUACGAAAGGGAGCAAGCGUGGGGAUUGGUUGCCGGAUGAUUUGA